CACCUGUUCGACAGCGGCGCAUGAGAUGGCAUCCUUCCACGCACCUGUGAUGCACAGUGUGUCAGAAUGCCUCCGUCUGCGCGACUGACAUCUUCAGUUCAUGGUUCUGUCUGCGUAACCGCCAGCUCUGAUCGAGAACAGGAAAUUCUUUCUGUCAGUUGAUUGUGAAAAGGUUCUGGAACGUUUGCUGUUUUCAGAAGAGCAAUGAGCUGCAAACGCACUCUCCUAUUUCUGUUCCUCUGUGGCUUUGCUGCUCUCUCUGUUUCGGUGAAAUGUACAUCAGAGCUACUAGAGGGAACAUCCUGCACCAUCGAUCUAUCGUCAAAAAACAUUGAUAAAUCUAAAGAGGUCAAAUGGGUCCAUCUCUCCAGUGAGUUAGUGAUUCACAGAAGAAAUGGGAAGAUCAGGGCAGACUCUCUCAGUGGAACAAAAAUAGAAGACAAUGGGUCACUAACAUUUCAGAGUGUUAGUCUGAAGAACACCGGCAAAUAUAAAUACAGUUUUUAUGAUACUAAAGGUACGGAGACAAGCGGAGAAGAGGAAAUUAAAGUUUUUGCAAAGGCUCCUAAACCUACCGUGAGGAUCGACUGCAAAGAUGGUCUUAAACUCAUCUGUGAUGCUGGGAACCGUACAGAUCUGUCUGUAUCCUGGUAUAAAGAAGCCAAAAGCAUGAAUAUUGGAGAACUGAGCUUGAAAUCUGAUCAAGUAGAGGCGAAUAAACCGUACUCAUGCAGAGUAAGCAAUACGGUCAGCAACGAGGAAAGUAACAGCGUUACACCAUCAUGUAAAGAUGCAGGUACAGGCGCUCCAGGUGAAGCCCUGUUUCCUUCUACACUCUUUGGCUUUGAUUUCUGGAUCAUGGUGAGCAUUUUAGCGGGCGGCGGAGCCCUUCUGCUGCUGCUGAUAUGCGUCCUCAUCAUCUGUGCAUGUCGAAGCUGCAGAGAAAAGACGAAGCAGGAACAAGAUGAAGAUGAGCUGAGGCUGAGGGUUUUGCAAGAUCAAAACGGCGCGGCCAGGUCCAAACACACUGCUAGGGGGCAACCGGCGCCCCCCAUCCCGCUAGAAGACCCAUGUUCACAGACCCCAGCCCAGUCCCAGGCUCAGCCCAAAGCCCAGACCCGCGGUCGACCUCCACCCCCGCCCGAGGACGACGAGGACAACCCUCCACCCUUACCUCGACCGAGGAAUAAACAACACCGCAAGAGACACGAAGAGCCGUACCGACUGAUGGAGUGAGACGCUCGUAUGUUCACUGAAGGACCAUUUCAAUGAGCCAUACACCUUAUGAAGAAUGUCAAGACGGUUCUCGCGUACAUACAGCCAAAAGAAAUGGUCGUUUAUACUUAAAGCUCCUUAAACAAAAGUCCUUAAAACUUUUUCUGAGAAUGAUUUUUGUAAAGACUUACAAUGCAAUGUACAGUAUUCCAGUGUUGGGGAAAGUUACUUUUAAAUGUAGUGCGUUAAAAUAUUGCAUUACUCCAUAAAAAAAGCAACUAAUUAUGCCACUUAGUUUAUGGAAAGUAAUGCAUCGCUUUGCUUUUGCGUUACUUUUUAAAUGCGAGCGAGGCUUGGCUGUGUGUUUUUAAUAUGAGAAGCUCUAUUCAUAGCUAAUGUAGACCAAAACGUGUAACAAAAAAACCUAGGCUGAAGGAAAAGUCUUUACAGUAGAAUGCAGGAGAAGAAGGUUCAGCGCUCUUCAGCAUUUAAAAACAAUAAAGCCAAAUUGAUAGUUUAUUUUUGCUAAUUAGUAUGGUUGCAUUGGAUCGUCGAAGAUCAGCAGCAAAGACAUUUAUUUAAUAAAAUGGGAUUCGAUAUUUGCCUAAUAUCUAAUCCCGUUUUAUUAGAUAAACCUUUGAUAUGCUACCAUAUUUGAUUUUUUUUUUUACUAUUUUUUACAGUUUUAAUACAUUUUUUAUAUAAAGAGAUUAGUCCUGUACAAACAUCAUGUCUACAUUAUUUGCAUUAUAAUAUAUAGAACUGAAAACCCAGCUAAAACCACCCUAGGCUGGUUGGCUGGUCUCAGCUGGUUUUAGCUGGUCUGACAAAAGCCAGGGUGGUUUUAGCUGGGUUUUUUCGGCAAGGUAGGCUAAAUGAAGACAAAGAAGUAACUCUUGUAAAUAGUAUACUUCAAUAAAAGUCAAAAUAUUUAUUGCAUUUUUCUUUUUCGUGUCUUUCUAUAUGCAGUAAGAAAUAAACUCUUUAAAAACAUGCUGUAAGGAAUAAACUCUACUUUCAAGUAGGUCACUUAGAUUUCUGUAUAUAACAUUUAUAGACCGUAAUAUCGGUGCGAUCUUGCGUUAUUUCCUUGUGUUUGCUUGGCUGUUUGUCGUCGGCCAGUCUUUCUGUUGUGAAGCCAUGCCGUGUUUAACCUCGUGCCACCGAUCCACCAUGCAGUGCAUGCUCACCCACAGACGCGUGAAAACAGCUGUGACGCCACGACUAUAAUGCAAUUCAAAUCUGUGUAAAGAAAAGUUGAAAUGACAAAAAAAAUGCCUUUUUAUAUAAAUUUUGCAUUUGUUAAUGAUUCAGGGUUGCAUUUAGAGCACAUUUCCAACAUAACAGAGCAUUAACUUUUAGCAGCAGACCGUGGAUAUUUAACGUAAUAAAAAAAUACGUGCAUGUAUUAAUAAAAUUAAAACGUGCCAGGGUUCACAUAUUGAACCCGUGUUUUAGCUCCACUCAGUGGACGUUUGUCUUUGAAACUGUGGAGAAACGUGCAGAAAGGCAUGUAAAAACGGUGACCAGGUUUUUAUAAACAGAUAACGUCAAAUAAACACAAAAACUCAUAAAUGGACAUUGGCGCGUCUAUGCAACGCGAUUGGUUCGAUUAUUUAGGAUACUAUCAAUAUGCAUUUUCAUGAGACCGGGCUCUUUAAAUCACGGUCAGGGUCGGUUUCCAGGGAAAUGUCUGAUUAAUGCAUGUCAUAUACUCGGGAAUAAAGAAAAGCAACCAGAAGUCAGAAUAUUACUGUAAUAUCGUAUAUAAUAAGUGGGUUUAGCUUGAAGAAAAGCAAAAAGUGAACGCUAAACUAAACUGAAACACUUUUCAUUAAAUCACAUUCAGUGUGCACUGGCUAGAAUCACGAAACAAUGUUUAUGUUGGCAACGAUGCAAAGCUCGAAAGCAGUUGCUGCUUUGAUCUGUCUGUGAUGGAAGCCGGUUCAUGCCAUUGAAUAAAAAGGGAAUUGUGAGGGUUUUCACGACACAAUCUGCCCAAGCGCAACUCGAGUGAUCAAAACAACGUUACGCCGCGAGUAUCUGCUAGAGAUGUCUAACUUUUAAAUAAUAGAAUACAGUGAAUAGCAAAGUCUGUUUGUGAAGCGAACGUGAGUAUAUGACGGCUGGAUUUAAAUUUUCAGACUAAUUAUUUUACAGGCUCACUACCCUGCUGAAAACACCCCCCAGCUAAAACCAGCCUAGGCUGCUUGGCUGGUUUUAACUGGUCUCCCAGCCUGGUCUUAGCAGGUUUAAGCUGGUCGGCAGGCUGGUUUUAGAGUUUGUUCACAUUUCCGGUCUGCCAGCCGGAAGACAACUAGCUAAAACCAGCUGCUUCCAGCUUAAACCACCUAAGACCAGCCAACAAGCCCAGGCUGGUUUUAGCUGUUUUUUCAGCAGGGUAAGCAGCCUGUUGUCUCUCAGGUCUUAAAACUUGUAAAAUAAGAUUAUAUUAACCAUUAUUAUAUUUAUUUAUUAACCCGACAGUUUGUAAUUUUAACAGAAGCAGCUUUGAAUGUAGCUUAUGCUUAAUGUCGCUUUUUAUGGACGCAAAGUAUCUCAAAGUUUUGUAGAAAACGAAAGCAUGAGCCGAAUGAGCCAUUCUUCCUUUUGUGUGUUUAUUUUCUUUCACCAUAAAAGGGAAAAAAAAUAUAAUCAUUUAUAUAUUUGAAAGUUUGAGCACCUAUCGUCCGUUUUCAGUUCAAAGUUUUCGGUUCGUUCUUUUGCAUUACUUCCCCAUUAAG